GAGCGCGGUGUACAACAAAUUGUUCGAAAAUGUGAAAAUGGUGGUAAAAAACAAACAUCAAAAUAGAGUUGGUGGUAAGGUUGUUUACCCCUCAGUAGCAGGGUAAUUCUGGAGGGCAGGUUGCAUUUCUUCUCAGACCAACCCCCUCCCCCUUCUUUCCCUCGCCAGACGCUAAAAUAUAUCCGACUACGAAAACUUUGCUGGAUGUUUCAGGAGAAACAUUUCAGGACCAGAUUUUCAUUAAUUUCUGUACAUUAAGUACGUUCAUUAAAUCGUGUUUUAUCAGUUUUGCAAAAGCGGACUUUUUGUGUCGAUAAAUUAGAACAAUAGAAACAUUGUUUCUGAAGGAGCGGAGGCAAGGCAGCGACCUAAGCGUUUUUAUUAUUCAUCUAAUCUCCACAGUCACCUAUUUUCAAUUAAUUGGACUUCUGACAGGUGACAUGGAUCUCUCUCUGUUGGUGGCAUUCUGCUUCUGUGUUCCUCCUGCUUUGGGGUCAGGAUUUGGCAGGGAGAUGCCAGGGUCAUCUAUAGGCAGGGACAUGCCAGCAUUGACGAUGGAUGAAAAAGACUAUGACGCUGCGUUUCACUACGACUAUGAAUCUCUGAGGAUCGGUGGACUGAUCUUCGCUGUGGUACUGUUUGUCAUGGGCAUUGUCCUCAUCGUCAGCCGGAAAUGCCCAUGUAAAUCAAGUCCGAAGUCACGGCCUGCUGGAGUACCUGAGGCAGAAGCAGGGGCUGUGACAAGUCCCAAGUGAUGUGAAGUCUCGCCACCAGGCGGCAGCAUCGGACUGUAGAGUGCUACUAUGGCCGUCUCCCAGCAGGAGCAGGAGACUUCUUUUUUAAAUUCCAUCCUGCUGAUAUAUUCUCUUGGCAUCUUUUUUUGCUUUUCUCUUUUUUUCUAUAUGAAUGAAUCUACAGCGACAGUAUUUUGAGGACAUAAUUGGUUGAUGCAGUAGGGUUGUUUAAUUGUAGGCUAUAAUUACACCUGUCAUACGUGAUAGACACAUUAACAAGCGAUUUUGUAAGUUAUAACUUGACUGACUAUUUUAAAUUGUAAUAUUUCCACACUGAAAUAAAGUGAUGUACAUGGGUAA